UUGGUUCCCGCGCGAACGACAUGCGUGCAGCGUGGUGCAGGCAGGCAUAAAAAGUAGAAGAAGAGAAAAAGGAUCGAAAAUAAAACUUACUCGCACGCCAGUUGGGAUAUAGAACAGUAGAAAGUCCCAUUCGAGAGAGCACGCACGCAGAGAACAAAUUCGAAUACCUGAACUACUAGAAACCAAGCAGCACGGGCACACACACGCAUACUAACACAUUUAUUCGUACUGUACAGCUGUAUCGGUGACCCAGGUAGCAUGUCGCUUCGCACAGUAGACGCUCAGCCUGCAAGACGCACACAACGCAGGACAGCAAACAGGAUCGCUAAAAUGGAUCCACAAAUAUUGUCUGCUAAUGGCUCGAAUUUCAUAAAUGUGCGCGACGACGCGCAUUGGCACGGCCGCGCAGAUCAGCCGAUGCUGCUCACUGCCUGGACACAGACGACGAGCGAGGACUUUGGCCUGCUGCGCACCCUCGACGUCGAUCCCCAUGUGGAGGCCGAGAAUCGCGCUCUGCGCGAAAAGGUACGCUAUUUGGAGAGCAAGCUGCAGGAGCACACGGAUCUGUUGUCCCAAAUCCAUGCGACAUCUGCGCGCAUGCAACAGGCCACGGGCACAGCUACGUCGCCGCCCGCACAUCAGCCUCAGAUCUUAACGCCGCCCAAUUCGGUGAUCUGUGCGCCCAGCUCGGCUCAGUCGCAGCGCAGCGAGGUGAUUGACUAUAAGAUCAUAGCGUCCGCUGGCGCCGAUUGCAAUGAUGCGGAUGCCAUUGAGAUACGUUUGGCCGCCGAGAGCUUGAACAGCCUGAGCACCUCCGCCGACUCGGAUCGUCUGGAGAUUUGCCUGGGCAACGAGGAUCAGCAGCAGCAGCAGCAGAUCAAGCGCGAAUCCUCAACCCCGCUGCAGUUGAUCAAACGCCGCAAGCUGGAGCUGAAGGAGUGCCACAACAACAUGGCUGCACCACAGCCUCACCCUCAGCCCCUGCAGCAACAGCAGCAGCACCUGCACAAUAUGCAAUAUAAGCUGCCGGCACGCAAAAGCAAUGCAAACUUGAAUACAUCUGCGGAAGAGUGGAAGCCGGAGUUUAAGACACUGCAACAGAAGGCGGACAAUGUGAUGGUCUCUAUUGGGCCGAACAACACCUGUGUGCCGGCCAGCGUCUUUGAGAACAUCAAUUGGUCCGUCUCCUCGCUGGCCACACGCAAAUUGCUGGUGGCAAUCUUCGAUCGCGAAACCCUGGCCACUCACUCGAUGACCGGGAAGCCGUCGCCUGCGUUCAAGGACCAGCAGAAGCCGCUCAAGCAAAUGCUCGAUCCCCUCAAGAUCCAGGACAUCAUCUUUGCAGUCACCCGCAAAUCGAAUGCCAGCGAGAAGGAGGUGCGCAAUGCCAUCACCACCAAAUGCGCCGACGAGAACAAAAUGAUGAAGAUUCAGAAGGGGAAGCGUUGCAGCGUGGGCGACAAGGAGAAUAUGGCUUAGAGUUUUAAAUUAUUUUGACUUAGUGUAUGUAACCUUUAGAGGGGCACCCAACUAGUACCAAAACAGAAAACAAAAACAAAGAAGAGAAAAGACAGUCUGGCUGCUCAGAGUUCAACAAACAAUCAAGGGGAAGGAAGAGAAGCAACAGCAAUUUUACAAUUUGUACAAAUCAAUACAAAUGAAGAUCUCGAAGUUUGUAUAUGCGGUUUAAACAGAACCACUAAAUUAAAUACCCACUAACAAAUCCGUGUAAGCAAACUAAUACAAAAACUAACACCUUGCAGGAGGCCAAGUAGAGGGGCUUUCAAGUUGGCAGCAUUAGGGACCGAAAAUCUCUAUAUAAAAACAAUUUGUCAGUGUUUCUAUGCCUCUUGCAUCAAAUUCUCCAAGUAUUAAAAAAAAA